AGCUUUUAAACACUGCGGCCAGAGGGCAAAGCAUUCAAACCUGAGGCAGACACUGGCGAGGAGAGCCGAACCGAGCCGAACCGAGCCGAAAACGAGCCCAGGAACUAAGAGAAGAGAGGAAAGGAAAAGUCAUGACUCUGCCAACUGUACGACAACUUUUUCUUUUGUGUUUAUUCUGGUUUCUUGGAUCUUUAUGCACAGCAGGUGAGUGAAUGUUUUCAUCGUUAUGAGCAGGUCUCUGAAACUGAACAAUUAACGUUAAUUGCUGCCUUUUUGGUCUUUUCUUUUGGCGGGAAAUUAUCAUGAUUUAUUUAGGCGAUACAAGAGGGCAAAGCCCACUAGUUUGCUAUUAUUUUGUCCUAAUGUUUUUAAGAACAAUUCAGACAACUUUCCCAAAAAUACAUCUUUGCUCUACCAGUAGCAUGUACCAUGUAGGUAACUAAGAUCAAAUUCAUAAUGUUUUCAAAGAAAACGACCUUAAUGCCUUCAAAAAAAACUUUGAAUAAUCUGUGAAAUUAUAAAUUAUUUCUAAAGUUUGUCAGCAAAGAAUUCAACCUUUUUUUAAUUUAUUUUAUUCAGAUGACAAGAUUAUGUAUUUGUAGUGGAUAAGCCCCUAUCUCAAAGUUAUUAACAGAUGCUUUAGUCUUGAAAAAAAUAUAUUUUUUGUAGCUUGAAUAAUGAACUUCCAACUACAUUUCAGUCUAACAUUAAAGUAAAAGGGAUUUUCAAUAGUUACAAAGCAUUAAAAUCUGCAGUUUUGUACUUGUAAUACCCUAAAUGCCUUAUGCCACUGUAAUUGAAUCACUUUUUACUGGUGUAAAAUCUCUAGUUAGCCAAUAAUAAGUGAGGUUGAGGUUGUGAAAAAUGUUUGGUGCAUUUGCUGUUAAACACAGCUGUAAAUCAACCUUUUACAGUUUAUCUGGAUCCAAGUAAAUGGGUUUUGUAUACCCAUCAGGAAAUAUUGAAAUAUGCAACUGUAGUUAUGAUGAAUUAUCAUAUAAAGGACCUUCAUUAAAGCAUUGACAUUGCUAAGUGGUGUGAUUUGACUUGCCUCUUUGUUUUAAAUGUAAGGAUGCCCAAUAUCAAAUUUUUGCAGACUUCUGAUUUGCUGAUAUUUUCAAACUCAUUUUGGUCGAUAUAGACAUGAAUUCACCUAUUUUUAGAUUGUAGAGAACACCUUUCCUUGUACUAGAAUUUCCCUGUAGCUGUGAUUUCAUUUAGAAGCAUACAUAAAUCAAGACAAUCAUUUGAUUCUACCAUACAUGAAAAAUGUAUUAGUCAGACACUUCCAGAUGAUAGUUCUCAAGAUGCCUCUCAUCCCCUUUGUUUCACAGGCAUUGAAAAUACUUACAGCUCUCUUGCUGUCUGAUAACAACUCUUUGAAAUACUGUCACUCUGCUGGCAUGCUAAAGCUUGUUGUUUGUCGACAUAAGCUGUCAUCAGACGCAUAUUAUGAGUGCAUACUGGCAGACAUUUCACAUCUGCCAGUACCAGUGCUGAUCUCUAAGCCUUUUUGUGCUGAUAUUUGGCUCAUAAUGUUGUACAUCUCUAUUUAAGGGUUCCUCUAAAAUGUCACACAUACAAAACUGAACAACUAUAACAGGCAUAUAAACUAGAGAUUAAAUUAAGUUUUUCUGUGAUGUAGGUCAGAGAAGUUUUCAGAUGUAAACUACAAGUAAUAAAAUGAUUUGUGUCUAAAUCAUCGUCACCGGAAGACAAUAAAAGGCUAAAACUGUGUUUCUCUUGUAAUUAAAAAUAACUAAAUAAGUAAUAUCAGAAUAAUUUGUAUGAAGAAUUUUGAAAUUAAAGCUCCUGUAAAGAACUUGCAGUUGUUGAUAACUUUGGCACCCCCCUCUGGACAAAACAGCACUUCAUCUGAUCUCAUCUUAAACAUGGGAGAAAUGUUUUUCAACUAAAAAUCUUAUUUGUGCAUCUUUAAUCAAAAAUGCAGAAAUGUUGUGGGUCGCUGCGAGUCAGUUUAAACCUUUAUUUAUUCACAAAAGGACAUUGAGGUUCCAAUGCCAUCGAGAUUACAGCAGUCAAAACAUGCAAACAGACCGCAGCUUUUCAGUCAUUAAAAAUAACCUUAUAGAAAUAAGUAUUGUUGCUGAUAUUAAUAUUUGCACUUGUAGCUCUUUAAGGGGAGUCAGUUUUAUUUUUAGUCUGUUUUAACCAUCUAAAAACUCCUCAUUAGAACUUAAAAAAAAACUCAAAUUACAACUAAAUGCUGUAAAGAUUCAGUAAAUAGUUGACCCAACUGUUUAAAAUGACUUAACUCUAUUUGUUUUCCUCAAAAUUUUACAGAAGUUUCUUGUUUUGUUGUACUUGACUGAUGAUUCUUGGAGUUGUGUAGGGUCUAACCAGUAAUUUUUUUAUGUCAGUCUAAAGUUUGUGAAUAAAUGUUGCCAUGUGAUUAAAUGUGCAGUGACUAAAAUAUUUCAUCAAUCAUGUCUGAUUUUCCCUUAGAUUACAGUCCAUAUGACCAGUGGGAAGAUGGUGUAGCAUUAAGAAAGGUAGGAAAUGAACUCUCUUACAAUUAUACAGUGUAUCAGUAAGACUCUCAUUAAUGUUUUAUUCUGCUGAUUGAAAAUGUGAUUGUUUUCAAAACAUGAGCAAAGACAAGACUGUUAUGUUGUAAAUAAAAUCAAGGGUGGUCAAAUAAGUGUUUGCUUUUCUCUCAGUCUUGCAGUAAUAAAAAUACUGAAUGCCUGAAUAUUUUAAAGCUCCUCUGUGGACAAAGUGACACAUCUUUUGUCUUUGCUUAUGUUUUCUGACUGUUGAUAUUGAGCAGUUUCAUGUGUGUUAGCGCUGAAGUAUGCCAUAUUUUUACAGAUGCGGGGUAUCCAAAGUGGUGAUUAUAGUGAUGUUUUAUUGGGGAACCAGAAUGAUGUAAGUACAAAAAACAGGACUUUAAUUCUGAAGUACGUCACCCUUUUAAAUUACCUUGUAAUUUUAAGAUAUUUCUAAGAUACUGUGCAUAAAUCCACCUUCAAAAAGGAGAAAGGUGAUUUUGUAUCUAACAAAAUGUGGAAAGGGAAAACUUGGGGUGGACUCUUUAACCACUGUGCAUUAAGAGAUUAAAGUAUAUGUGUUUGUGCACGAGCAUGUUUAGCCAGAUUGUAAUCCCUGUUUAAAUAUGUGUAUGUAAAUCACGGUACAGUUGAUGGUGAUAAUCCAGUGAAAUGUAAAUGAUUUAUUAUGUUAUUUUGUUCUUUUAUUGACCCACAGGAGCAGGUCCAGAAUGUAUUUAAGAGGGUGAGUUUUCUACCUCAGUUCCUGAAAUUUGUUUUAUUUGUCAUGUUUUCCCAGCAGCAUCUCGCUGACCUGAUUAUUUCUCUCUAUUUAGUUCCUGUUUCAUUACUCUAAAGCACGCAACUCUGUGGGACCUGUGCAGCAGGUGGAGGUGAGCAGAGAAACAAACUAACCACACAUGGUUUUGUAAUCAAAAGAUGGACAAGAUUAUAGCUCCUUCACGGUGAAGCCACAAGAUGUAGAGCUGACUGCCUGUAAUAUUGAAUUUCCCUUUGGGGAUCGAUGGAGUUCUUCUUAUUCUGCAGGUCAUAAAGCCUUCUCAAUAUGAACAGAUGGGUUAAAUCAAUAUCAAUAAAUCAAUAUACAUAUACUACAUACAGUAUAUGUAUUACAACACUUUAAACAGUGUCUCUUCUUUUAAGGAAUUUGGGUUGAAUUAAAUGUCAAGUAAUUAAUAAAGGUUUUUUUUUCUAUCACAAAAUGAAACACUUGAUCUGUUAUAUCAUUUGAAGUUGAUUCUUGUUAAAACUAAUUCUUGUUCCUGCUCUUCUCUCUUCCAGUCUCACUCAGUUCAUCCUUUGAUGCGACUUUCCCCCAAGCUGGCCAAAAGGAAAAAUAAGAAAGUUCUGCUUUUGGUGAGAAAAUUGAGAUAAAUACUCAUUCUUAGUUCUCAGCCUUAAAAUUUUAGCUCUCAGCUUUCAGUUUUUGGGACAUCAAAAGAUACUAAGUGUUGACAGGGGCUGGAAAGUGGCACUGAACAGACAGAGAAACAAAAAAAACAUAGUUAAGAGGGACAAAUUUAUACCAGAAAGCUUUAGAGCUGCUUCGUUUCCAAAAUCGCUCUGCAAUUGCAUCUAAUUUUUCUUGACUUUGUGUGGAGUUAUAUAGAGUACUAUACAACCUGGCAGCGGCACAUGUAGAUUCCACCAAUGGCUGUAAAAGUUUGCCAAUCUUCUUUGAGUGGAUUCUGCAAAAGUAAAAAGUUGUUCACCAGUUUUAAGCAACUAAGAAGACCAAGGAGAAGUCACACAAAUCUCACUGAGCAGUUGGCUGUUAUAACAUUUUUAUCACCUUUUGACAUAAGUGAGGAAAAACACAAACAAAAUGUAAAGAGAAUUAGCUACCAGUGUUUUUAUGUAUGAAAAAGUCAAACUGUUUUUGAAGGGAUUCAACAGUGAAGAGGUGAUGAAGAAAGCCAGUGUUAAUCCUGUUUAAUUCCAUCAAUGUUUAAAGUUAAGUUGACUGCUGUCACUGACAUCUUUCUCCCUAAUGAAACAGAAGAUUCGUGGUCUGCCAGAGGGGAUGUUGUAGAAUGAAAAGGCUACAAAAACAAGAGGAUACAACAGAGUUAACAGAAGAGCAGGCAGCACCCUGAACCUAACAACGAAAUCAACUGGUGGAGCAACACGUCUCUGGAGAAAUUCAACUUCUGUACAGAUGGAAUAAUAGACCUGCACUGCCGCUGCAGCCAUGUGUCUUCCUGCUUCCAAAGUCAAUGUGAACCGCUCCCAAGCACAAAUUUGGCAUGUUGGCACCGUAGCACAAGACACAGGUGUCAAAAAAUCCUUAAGGUGUUCAAAGUCAUCUCUCUAAGAGAUCCUUUAUAUUCACAAAUACUGACAACAUGCAAACUUAGGAAAAACACAGGCACUUAUAAAUGUGGCAAAGAGAUGAACUCACAUUUAAUUCAACAGAUUUAAAUGUACAUGUACAUUUGUGACAUAAUUAUCAUGAAAUAUAAUAAAAAUCUUAAAACUCGUCUUCGCUGCUUUUGGUGAUGGGGACGGACAUUUUGUUGAAUUUACAAAAGAGUGACUGGCUGUUUUCCCAUUUGUCCACAGAAGGUACAGAGGGCUUUGUGGUUCAGCAACAGGGUGUGAUUCUUUCCAGUAGGAAGUCCCAGCCAAGAUCCCUUGAGCAGGACUGAACCCUGUUUCAGAUUCAGAUCUUAAUAUCUAAAGCUCCGCUGGUUGUGUCCCAUGAAGAGACCAUUGGGAAUUUCUAUUUUGGAGUAUCAGGGGUUUCUUUUCUAAUAGUCCUCGUCCUCAGAGUCACUGUCCUUUCGUGUAGGCAUCGAACAUCUGAUUGAUGUCAUGAGCUUGUCUUCAAUUUGCUUUUUCGGGUUUUCCUCCAGGUCUGUUUUUACAGCUCCGGACUCUGAUAACCUCCACUCCAGCUCU